AUGGCAUUUAAAGAUACAGGUAAAGCACCUGUUGAACAGGAAGUGGCCAUUCAUCGUAUCAGAAUAACUCUCACAAGUCGUAAUGGGAAAUCCCUUGAACAAGUAUGUGCUGAUUCGAUCAAAGGAGCAAAAGUAAAGAACUUGAAAGUAAAAGGAAAUGUGUGCAUGCCCACCAAGACUCUUCGCAUUACUACAAGGAAAACACCAUGUGGUGAAGGUUCCAAAACAUGGGAUCGUUUUCAAAAGCGUAUCCACAAGUGCCUGAUUGACCUUCACAGUCCAUCUGAGAAAAGAUUUUUAUUGAAGCGAGGACUUGCAGUUCACAUGAGAUGGCAAGAAUCUACUUGA